GCGCCCACCAUAAGCUCAAAGUCUCUUCUUUCCCGCCACCAGCAACAUUGGCGUUGUCUCCUCCAUCUAUAUCUGACCUAGACCUGGGUUCCCCGCCGCCAAGCGAGUAAAGGAGCCCCCUUGUGAUCUCCUCGCUCUGUUCAGGCGACGUCCUGGAUUGAGGUCUCCGCUGCGAUCGAAGAGAAGGCUCACGCUCCUACUCUAUCUACGAACAGCACACAAUGGUGGGCAAGAAGUCAGGAAAGGCUCUCCUUCGGGAUGAGGGUCUCGAGAGGACGGACAACAAUAUGGAAUUAUCGAGCUGGCCUCAGAUCCCUGCAAUCAAUCAGAAAAACUACUACACGGACUACCUUAAGCGCGAUGAUCAGUAUCUAGCAUUCAGGCUGCAGAAUGAAGAGGCUCGAAAUCGGAUGGCGAAAACCGCCAAAGACCGCGAUCGCGCUCUUGCCAUGGCAAAGGCAAAUGACUUGGGCAUACCUGAAGCGGAAAUGGAAGCGGAUGGUGAUACUAAUAUGGAGGAUGCGACGGAAGAAGCUUCCAAUGAGACUGUUGGCUCAAAGGUCGUUGUAAUUCACGUUGGAAGCCAAAACUUGCGAAUUGGCCUCUCUAGCGAUGCGCUGCCAAAAACUAUUCCGAUGGUCAUAGCAAGAAAGUCGGCUACAAGCGAAGCGGAUGAUCACGAGGAGGAACCGUGUCCUAAGAGAUUGAAGCUGGACGAUGGCUCUGAUAUGGAACCGGAGAAGAUGUUUGGUCCUGAGUUCUCCUCCCAAUAUACUACUAUGGUGGCCGAACUCAAGACACACAUGCGACAGAAUAAGCGCCGCACUUUGCCAAACUCGAAGGAAAUGGUAAUCAACUAUAACCGGCGAACUGUACCGGAGACCAUUUCAGAACACAACGACCCGAUGCGGAUUGAAUGGACUGAAAUCCUAGACCCAGCACCGGAAUAUAUAGUAGGACAGGCAGCCUUGCGGAUACCGGACGAUUCCAAGCCUCGUUACAAGCUCUACUGGCCAAUGAGGCACGGCUGGUGUAACGAGAGGGAUUACAACAACAAGAGACUCCUAUUUUUAGAUAUUUCUCUUAUUCUUGAGGAUGCGAUCAAAUCCCAGCUUGGCCUCACAAGUGAGAAAGACUGGCCGCAAUACUCCUGCGUCUUUGUCAUCCCGGACCUUUACGAAAAAUCCUACGUCGUCCAGGUCCUCGAAAUACUCAUGAGAGAAUUCUCGUUCGCUCGUGUCUGCUUCAUCCAAGAAAGUCUUGCGGCUACAUUUGGUGCAGGUUUUACCUCAGCGUGUGUGGUUGACAUUGGUGCGCAGAAGACGUCUAUCUGCUGUGUCGAAGAGGGGAUGUGUAUAGAGAAUUCCCGGGUCAAUCUCAAGUACGGCGGGUCAGACGUAACGGAUGUAUUCGUCAAGAUGAUGCUCUACGACCAUUUUCCUUAUGCCGAGAUCAAUCUGUGGAGGCGGUAUGAUUUUCUCUUAGCUGAGGAGCUGAAGAAGCAGGUCUGCACCAUGAACGAAGCUAGUGUCUCGGUACAGGUUUUCGAUUUCCAUCUCCGUGUUGCCGGUCAAGACACUCGCAAGUACAUGUUCAAAGCCUAUGAUGAGGUACAUCUUGCCCCCAUGGGCUACUUCCAACCUACCAUCUUUGAGAACUCUACGAAACUUGAGGGACGAAGACAGCUGAUUUCUCGCUCUGUUGACAUUUAUGACGGCCAGUCAAAUGACCCAACAUCCGCAGCCCAGUCUGAGAUUUUGACCGCCCUUGCCCCUCCAUUGACUAAUGGUCAGAUGAAUGGUGAAUCCCAGCCAAAUAUGCUAGAUGUGCAAGCCACUCCUAGCCGUUCACAGCAAAUCAAUGCCCUGAGCCGUGUGCAGGAGCUUGAUGCUACCCCACGGUCCUCUGUCGCAGGAUCUCCCGCGCCAGAGACCCUGGGAACCCCACAGGCAGGCGGUGGUGGUACCCCUGGUGUUGGAGGCACCAGUCAAAGUGCCUCUCACCGUGUUCCGUCUAUUGAAGAGCGUGAUGAUAUCCUUCCAUCAUUCCCACUAGAUACCGCGAUUCUCACUUCAAUCGCUCACGCCGCCCGCUCAGAUGAGCGCAAGAUGCGUGACUUUCUUGGUGGAAUCAUGGUCGUCGGGGGUGGAAGUUUAGUCAAUGGCUUCCACAUGUUUCUAGAGGAGAGACUCCAGCUUCUCCGGCCAGGCUUUGCGAAAGAGAUCAUGAUUGGCACACCGCCCAGAGAUCUAGACCCCCAGGUCGUUGUGUGGAAGGGCGCAAGUGUCUUUGGCAAACUGAGUGGAACCAAUGAUAGCUGGAUCAGUCAGCUAGAAUACGACCGUCUAGGACAUCGCCUUUUGGGCUAUAAGUCGGUCAAGAACUGCAGAAUGCCACCUCUCACCCCAACGCUUGCACCGGUCGAUUCCAGCUCCAGGGGCCCGGGUGGGUCUUUAAUAUCGGAUUCUCAGAUCUCUCCAAUUGCGCUUCCUGCUCAAUUGUACACUCCGCCAUCCUCAGUUAUAGUAGCUCCUUCACCAGCAGGCGGUUCCGAACAGCCAGAAGCCGACAUGUCGAAAUCAAAGGAUAGCAGCUCCUCUGGGGGCUUCCACCAGGAAUACAUCGCAUCUUUACGCUAUCGAAAUGACCUCCCGCCUCCCGACAUGCCCCCGAAAUUCCUCGACAUCCCUCAUGAGGGACUGGAGCGUUUCCUCACCCCCGGGUUUGCUUCUAAUCUGGCGCGCCGUGAGGAACCAAAUAUUGACGUUGACGCUGAGGGUGGUAUGCCGAUUGAUCUAGUCGGUAUCCCGGGCCUUCACCUCGGAGAUGAGAGUGCUAUUAUGGCACCGGAAAACCCCGACCCCAUUGAACCCGCUGAUCUCCCUCUUCUUAUGACUCUCGAUCAAUUGAAGAACCCAGCUCCUAAGAAUGUCAACGUCAGCUUUCUCCGUCGCACACAGUAUAUUUCUGCUGGUAUUCGUGUGCCUGAUGGCCCACGAGUCACUCCUAUUCGCACCAAGUCUCGCCCCGACAAAGUAAAAACCCAAGAUGAACCUGCUUAUAUCAAGAAGUACCUCCAGAAGGGCUUUGAUAUUGCAUACCCGAGCAGCAAACAUGUUGGCGAAGAUACGCCCAGCCAGAUCAAGGGCCAUGCUCCCACAAAACUCGAGGUGGAUGCGUGGGCUAACCCAGUGCAUCCUGAUAACCCCAAACUGAAACCUGUUGGUUUCUAUCCGCUUCUCCCCGACCUACAGGGAUUCCCAGACCCCGGAGGAUUCGUGCAGUUUAAAUUUGACAAAGCGCCGGUUCAGGGCUCCGGAGGCAAGCGCGACAAGCGCAUGGAUGUUGCGAUUCUACUCCCUUCAGCUCCUGAGGAACGCAUCUGCCAAGAACACGCUACAAAGGUUGCACUGCAUAAGUCUAACCCUAACCUCUACCCGGAUCCCGGCCCAAUCCCCUGGGACUACGAUCUCUUCCUGCCUGAAAAGAAGGAAUCUGCCAAGAAUGUCAUAUCUAGCUUACAAUUAUCCAACCCGGACCGUGAUGAUGAAGGUCUUUACACUCACGAAGGAACGGAGAAUAACAAGUUCCACCGUUAUGAUCGCUCACGUACAUACGCUACUAGCUCUCAAACCCUGGGGAAUGAUCAGAAACAGAAGGAUGUUGCAUUAACCCUUUUCGAUCCCUCUGAAUCACGAGAUGGCAACGGUCCGUCAAAGCAAAAGGCGGCCUACUACUACCCGAUUCUUGGAAAGACACGCCUCAAGCCUGAGCGAUCCCGAACCAUCGCACAAGCCGGUCUUGCCCCGACUCUUCCCAAGUCCAAAGAAGACCAGGUUGACCAGAUUCAAGUGGCGGUUCGGGAUCCCGAUGAAUCCGAGAUUUAUAAACGAGGACUCCACCGGGCUGCUAUUGAUCCAAAAUUCGCCCAAACCAUGCCUCCUCCGCCUGAAGAGCCCGCUGAGGAGCCUCAAUCUCCCGAGAGAUCUACGCAUGACGAGAGCAGAGCCCACGAGCAGAGCGACGAAGAGGACGACGACGACCGGAUGAGUGACGAUUGACCGAUGACUAACUGAGCUUAUGUCGCGACGCUUUCCACUCUACCUAUCUCCUACCGUACAAUACUAUACCCUCCUCUUGCACGCACGCAGUACCUGAUCUACUACCUACCUUCUUGUCAAUUUCAAUCAAUCAUGACUGAACCCAAAAAAAAAAAAAGAAAAAAAAAAAAACUUUACUUUUUCUUGGGAUUGUCCAUUACAAUGCAGGGCUGUCCUCCCAUGUAAUUUUAGAAGCAGAGCCGGAAAGACUUUCAACUUGAGGUAACUUGCAACGUGCAAUUUGCAAACUCCUUGGUCAGUUGAGUUGGCCUCUUUCUUAUCUUUGGCUCCGGCCAUGCUAUUGGUAAUGAUGAUUUAAGACAGCAGCAACAUAGGCGUUUGAGUGGCAUGAAAACGAUUGAGGUUUAGCGGAAUUAAUUUAUAUAAUUU